AUGAUUAAUUCCAGUAACAUGCCGUGCUUUAGCUAUGGAUGGAAAUUUUUGGAAAGACCCAUCAUCAAAAAUCUGCUUAACACCACAUUGACGCUGAAGCCCGAGGCGUACAGCAUGCUGAGUCAAAAUGCUAAUGCAACCAAGCGAUGGACACAAUAUUUUUCUCGAGCGACUCUAAGAUAUCCUGCAUCUAGAGAUCCUCUUGAGAUUAAACCGUUGGGUAAGACAGAAAUUGAAGGUCGGGAUUUAGUUUGCAUAGGUACUGUGGAUGGUGCACUUACCUUGGAUUUUGGCAAAUCAUCUGGACCUGAAAAAUUGCCUGAGGAAGUCAAAGAGCGACUAGAGGUAUAA